UUUUUCUUUCGAGUACCGUUCUCUUCUCUCAAAAGUAAACCCUAGUCUUUUUUCAGAUCUGUGACCGGGAAGUCACUCCGGUAGUUGGCGCUUCUCGCCGACGCCGUGAGUGGUUUCCCCUUUCGUUUUGUGCUUUUGUUUUAUGGUUCUGCUUUUCAUCUUUCUCUUGUAUUUCAUUGGAGAAAAGUUUACUUUGGUGGAAAUAGUAGAUCUUCACGGCGAGGGUGUUUGGCUAUGUUGGUGGUCAGCUUCUCCAGAGAGGAUUGUUGUUGGGUGUCCGAGAUCUGUAGAUCUGGCGGGUGCUCUGUUCUUGUUGGCGGAUCUCGAGGUUUGGUUCUUCGUGAAUCCAUGGCCAUGGUCUCCUCUGUUUCUGUUGUUCGAUUGGUGUUUCUUUGAGAAGUUAAGCCUCGCUCCUCGCAUUUUGAAGACUUCUAGUUUGACGUUCUUGGGCGUAUCAACGUCGUCGUCACUUCCGGAAAUGAGUGGUCUUGCUUGCCGUGUUAUGAAAUCCCUGGUCCUUGGUUACAAGAGAUUGGCUCUCAUCGUGUUAGGAGGUGGUUGAUGUUAUUCUUGAGUUGGCCGUGGGCAUCCUUGGUAAAUCUCAUUCGUUUGUGCGGUAGAAGAAUAGGUUCUUUGCUCUCUUCGUUCUAUUGUUUCCUUUAAAGUCUUUUGGUCGGUUGCUUGUGCUUUUAGAUUAAGGUUGUUGUUUCCUUUCGUUUUUGUUAUCAAAUGCUGGUGUUAUGUUUGGUUCUACAUAGUUUCCCGAGAAAUUUUGUUUUCCUCCGACCUUAGUUUCCGGAGACAUUCUUGUAGUCCGCCGGCUUAAGCCUCCCCUUUAUUGGGUGUAGUAUUAUAUCUUGUAUCCUAGCUUGGUUGGAAC